CUAUGAUUAUUUCUAUCGUAAAAAUAGUGAUUAUUUUCAAAGAUAAUAUAAAUACUAACAGAAAAGCUAUCUUUUGCAUUUUAGUAUAAGAUAUUCAUAAUUGGUUUUCCAUCCAGUAUCGCUGCUUUUUACUUUUAUAAAGGUUUUACAAGCCACCUAUUAGCCAUGGUUAAUUUUUCGUAAUUAUACGCCUACAUUAAAAGUAAAAGAAAAGAGUAUUCAAUGCCACAGGUGUUCAAUUUUCCUGGAAUCGAAAUCAAUCGAUAAACAUUUUGUGAAAGUAGGCAUUCUGAAAACUUUCUGAGACCUAUAAAUUUAAAAUUAAGCUAAAAGUGUACGUACAUAUAAAUUCUAAAAAUGCCUAAAUCAAAGUCCCCUAAUGGCGACCUCUACACCCUGGAGGCCAACCUGGCGAGUCAAGCACUCCGUGAACUGACAGAUGGCGAGGACAAGGAUCCCAUGACCAAGCUGCGAUUGCUGUGCCUCAGUCGUGGAGCAACAGGCAUUCUGGGGCUGGGCAGGGCCUUCCGGGCGAUGGACGACGAUGGUAGCAAGGCUCUAAACGAAGCGGAGUUUAUCACCGGCAUUAGGGACACCGGAUUGGAUGUAUCGGAGGAGGAGAUCAUGCAGAUGUUCGCCAAAUUCGAUGAGGAUGGCAGCGGAUCGAUAAACAUGACCGAGUUCCUGCUUAAACUAAGGCCCCCAAUGCCGCAGAGUCGUUUGAAUAUUAUUGACCAGGCCUUCAACAAAAUGGAUCGCGAUGAAGAUGGUGUAAUUACCAUUCAAGAUCUUAAGAAUGUGUACUCCGUAAAAGAGCAUCCCAAGUAUCAGAGCGGAGAAAAGUCUGAGGACGAAAUUCUUACCGAUUUCUUGCACAACUUUGAGGGAGGUCGAGGUAAUUUGGAUGGAAAGAUAACCCACGAGGAGUUUGUCAACUAUUACGCCACCAUUAGUGCCUCAAUCGACAACGAUAUGUAUUUCGAUCUGAUGAUGCGACGAGCCUACGUCAUGUAAAAAAUGCACAAAUCUCACUAAAACUCCAGCACUCGACUGUAAUCCCAUUUACUUUACUUGCCUAGAAUUUAGUCCUGCUCAUGCCCUAUUUUUACAACAUUGAGAAAAUAAAUAAAACGUCUGGUUGCAAUUAAAUAAAUCUCAAUGUAA